AAGGCGAACUACGAUCUGCUUCCAACUCCUUGAGCGUCUUGAUGCAGGCUCAUCGAAGCGCCGGCAUGACAGUACCCACAACUCGGACCCAGUUCUUGCUCUUGUUAUGAACAUCGACCCAUACCCCCUGCUUGAUGAACUGACAAUCGACCAGCCACUGGCACAGAAGGUCUUCUAUCGAAAGGUGGACUGGACCAACGAGAAGAAGAAGAACUGUGGUGUCCUUGAAGCACUCAACGUGGACGAUAACUUGGGCCCGGGGCCAUGUCACUACCUAGUUCAAAAGGACGGCAGCGUGGCAUCAGCAGAGGAUCAAGAGACGAUGCGUAAUGAAGCACGCGCAGCAUGGACGACCAUGAAAAUUUACGGACACUGUGGGACAACAUGGACCAAGACCGACACCUUUGGCCAAUCUUUUUUUUAUCGUCACAUGCGUGCACGUUUCUCCGAGUUCUGGUACUGCGCGCAUGACUGGAAGGCACGUCAAUUCGCAACAACCUAUUUCCCUGCUUAGAGCGGAAAGCCCGAAGAGGAUCCUGGUAUCAAAAUAGAACCUGUGAAGGUUGAAUCUGCUCUGGACAUCAAGAUUGAAAGUGGUAGUACAGCCCCAUUUCAGAGGACGAGCUCUUCCAAAUC